AUGCCCGCGAGAAUUGCGGACAUGAUCGUGAGGAAUUGCGAUCCUGGCGAAUUUACAGACUGCGAUGUUGUCUUCUCUGGUCUUGACUCUUCCGUUGCUGGCGAUGUCGAGACAGCCUUCUUGCAGGCCGACAUUGCUGUCUUCUCCAACGCGAAGAACCAUAAGUUGGCUCCUGUCGUACCAUUGGUUAUCCCUACGGUCAAUUUGGCACACAACAUCAUUCCCGCACAGCGUCAACAGUACAACCUUAAGAAGGGACUUUUGAUCUGCAUUAGCAAUUGCGCUGCUUUGUCGGGAGCUGGCUACCCCGGUAUCAGCAGCAUCGAUAUCAUGGACAAUGUCAUCCCUUUCAUCAGCGGAGAGGAGGACAAGAUCCAAGCUGAGGCCUUUAAGAUUCUCGGCACCGUAGAGCAGAGCUCCGCCGGAAUUGCUAAUCAGUCUGUACCCAUCUCCAAUGCCUGCAACCGCGUACCAGUACUCGACGGCCAUCUCGUCUGUGUGUCAUUGAAAUUUGCACAGCAGCCCCCACUAAGCGUGGAUGAGGUUCGCGCUGCUUUGAAGGAGUACCAAUCCGAGGCACAGACUUUGGGCUGCUACUCUGCGCCUAAGCAAGCCAUUCUCGUUCGUGACGAAUCCGACCGCCCUCAGCCACGCUUGGACAGAGAUGCCGAGGGUGGAUACGCCGUCACCGUCGGCAGGGUUCGACAAGAUCCAAGCGGUAUCUUCGAUUAUCAAUUUGUCGUUUUGAGCCACAACACGAUCCUGGGGGCUGCUGGCGCAUCUGUCAUGAACGCAGAAGCGGCCAUCAUCCCGGGCUAUCAAUGA